AUGCCAAACAUCUCCACCGUCCGCCUGCGGAGCCGAAGCCUGCGGCCCAGAUCCCCGAUCGACGAAUCUUUGGGGGAAUCUCAUGGCACUGUUCUAGACGAGGGCGCGUCGUCCGUGGCCAGGCCCCCGCAAAUCUCGUCUCUCGUACGGUCCGCGAGUUCUACCACGAGCAACGCCAGUGCCACAAACUCGGUGACAGCUGACACAAGCGUGCUACCUACUGUCCCAUCUUCCGACCACCCAAGUGCCAGUGCUGCCAGCAGCCAAUCAGACAACGAAAGGAACCAGCCAUCGGCCGUGAUUGCACAAAUCGAAGAGAUAUUCGAAGCCGUCAUCGUUGCAGUUGAACAAGGAACCCAAUUGUCCCUUCCGCUACCCGCGGUCAUUCGUAUCCUAGAGAUUGCGCACGAAGCGCUCCUGACUGGCAAGCUUGUCACCAAGAGGAACAUUUUUUACCAAGACAAGCAAUUGUUCCGUGACCAGCGUACUGUUGAUGCACUUGUCGACAACAUCGCCUUGACUCUGGGUGUGGGGCGCCAUGCCCUGAAUAUCGCUGCAGCCGGAAAGGGCCUCGUGGCUGGCCCGAUCUCCCUCACGUUGGAUGACGACGGUUCAAUCCUGCCUUGCGAUGACGCUACGUUGAUACCCACACCCGACAGACUACGCCAUGUCGAGUGGUCAAGAGCACAAUGGAUCCUCGUCAUUGAGAAAGAGGGGAAGGGCUAUCCAGACCUGUGCACCCGGAGAUUUCUUUUCAGCCUUCACCAGUCGCGGCCGUACAUCCCGGUAUACGGUCUGGUAGACUACGAUCCAUAUGGUAUCCGGAUCCUCAGAAACUAUCAAAGAGGCAGCGCAAACCUCCAGCACGAGCGCGACUGCACCGUCAGCACCAUACACUGGCUGGGAAUCAGACUAGCUGACAUCCGCAGCUAUCACGUCGGGAUACAGGAGGACAUCGCCGACUCGACUUCUCAAACGCAAGCGUCUACUCACCCCCACUCAAGUCAGGGACAGGAUAGUCAGAUACCCGAUACACUCCCCUCACAGCCAUCAAGCAGAACACGGUCGGCAGUAUCAAGACAGAGCGCUUUUGAGGCGAACACGGCAUCACUCAGCAACCGAGACCGAAAGGUUGCCCUGGAGACCCUUCGCAGCCUUCCAGCUAAUGAGAAUGACGAAGAUGGCCACUAUCUCGGUGAGCUUCAGGUCAUGCUCAUGCUUAACGUGAAGGCCGAAAUACAGGCCGUGGACAAUCUCGGUGAUAUUACUACAUGGCUUGACAGUAAACUUUGCAUGGAAUAG